AUGGCAGACCAAAUCCCCGAAACCAUGAAGGCAGCCGUCGUCAAAGACUUCAACAAAGGCUACGAGGUCCGCGACAUCGAUGUCCCAUCCGACCUCGGUCCAAAUGAUAUCCUAGUCAAAAUCGCCGCGGCUGGUUACUGCCACACAGAUCUCCAAGUAAUGCAAGGCGUCUACGAAUCCGCAGGCGCGAAGCCCGGUCUCGUCGGAUCCCAUGAACCGGCCGGAACGGUCGUCAAAGUUGGAUCCGACGCAGAGAAAUCAAACAUUCACGUCGGUGAUCGUGUCGGGUCAAUUAAUACAUAUGCAUUCUGCGGAGAAUGUAACGCGUGCAAGCAUCAGGGUGAACAGCUUUGUGAGAAGCUGGUUGGUAUGCUUGGCUUGACGAUCAAUGGUGGAUUCGCGGAGUAUAUGAAGGCCGACGCCCGAGUGGUGUCGAAGAUUCCCGAGUCUAUCCCGUGGGAUGAAGCUGCACCGCUAUUCUGCGCCGGUGCUACCGUUUACGGUGCGCUUCUUGCCUCCGGUGUCAAGAAGGGCCAGUGGUUGGCGAUGGUUGGGAUCGGUGGACUGGGCCACCUGGGCGUGCAAUAUGCAAAGGCGCUAGGUGCUAAUGUCAUUGCGAUCGAUAAUCGAAAGGAAGGUAUCGAGACGGCUCUGUCGGUUCCGGAACACCUUCGACCGGAUAAGACGUUCGUGAUUGAUUCGGAGGAUGCGCAGAAGCGAGUGAUUGAGGAAUUGCAGUCUUCAUUCUAUGAGACUAAUGCCGGUGUGGACCGUGUGGUUAUCAAUGCCGAGGCGCGUCACCUCAUCCGAUUCUCGCAGCAGUUCUUGCGCAAAGGUGGUGUAUUGGUUGAUGUUGGCUUGCCGUCGGACACGAUGCUGGAAGUCGAUCCGUUUGCAUUGAGCUUUAAGGAGCAGACGGUAAGGGGACGGUUGAUCUGUACGCCUAAGCAAAGUCAGGAUAUGAUUAAUCUGCAUGCCGAAAAUCGGUGCAGAUCUCAUAUCGAGAAGACCUAUGGCGUGGAGCAGAUCAAUGAGAUGUUUGAGCAUUAUCAGGGGAAGGACUUGAAGGGUCGACUUUGCAUGGUGUUUUAG